AUGGGGGAAGAAGCGUUUCCUUUUAGGCAGAUUGACGCUUAUGAUCUCAACAGAAAAUGGAAAUGGUUUUGGAAUUUGAUGGAGAAAAUGGAUCCUAAUACAAAGCGCUUGGGAAAGGAUAAUACUAGUUACGUUUUCAUCUACGGAGGUAAUGAUAAAUUGAUUCAAAACUUGUCGAACGCAAUUAGAGAUCUUGAGGAUGAGAUGAUGAAGAACGUGAAUAUGAACAUAGAGAAUUAUCAAUUGGGGAAUGAUAACCCUGAUGACGUUCCUUAUUUUUGGAUGGGCAUAAAUAGGAAGAAACAGAAGGAGUCCAAGAACAGAGUGGACAGUGAAGUUGAAGUAGUUGUGGAUACCUUGCUUUCCUUCAAAGAAGAUAAACUGGGAUGGGUUCUUCUAAGUGAUAGUCACCCAUAUAUGGUCGUACUUAAAGUGUGCUUGCAGCAAACAUAA